UUUGUGUCAUUCAGGCCGUCUGUGCUGGACAACUUCGCUCUGCUCUCUGGUCAGCUGAACACCAUCAACAAACUGCUCAAGAACGAGAAGACGCCGUCCUUUCGCAACCAAGUCAUAAUCCCUCUGCUCCUGUCUCCAGACCGGGAUGAGGAUUUAGCGAAACUCACAGAGCAGCGUGUCCCGGUGUUCAGCCAUGAGAUUGUUCCAGACUAUCUGCGGACUAAGCCUGAUCCAGAGGUGGAGGAGCAGGAGAAACAGCUAAGUGUGGAGGCAGCACGGAUUGGCCCGGAGGUGGCACAGAAACAGAUCCAGACGUUGAACAAACUGUGUUCCAAUCUGCUCGAGAAGCUCAACAAUCCCCGUGACGACAGAGAUUCAGAGAGUGCUGCAAUCCGUCAGAGCAAGCCGUCCUUUAACCCCGCGGACACCAACGCACUGGUUGGAGCGGUGGCGUUUGGGAAGGGGCUCUCUAAAUGUAGGCCCCCAGGCCCAGUGGCCCCUGGACACCCAGGACAAGGGCCCAUGAUGAGUGGAGGUCCCACCUUACAGCAGGUCACCAUCGGGGGCGGUUCUGGCCAGCAGGCAGGUAUGGGAGGCCCCGUGGGCCCUCAGCAGCAGGGGCAGCCAGGAAAAAUACCAAGCAGCAUCAAGACAAACAUCAAAUCUGCAUCCGGGUCGAUGCAUCCCUACAACCGAUGAUCUCCUCGUUUAUUAUAUGUUCACCAGACGUGUUACAUUUCAGAAACACACCUACGGCAAUGACAUUUGUAAAACUAAACCUGUAUCCUUGUAUAUUUUCCUGCAAAAGUAAUUUGUUGUUCUCACUAAAGCUGUAUCCUUGUAUAUUUUCCUGCAAAAGUAAUUUGUUGUUCUCACUAAAGCUGUUUCUUUAAACGUUUUCCAAAAAUAAAAUGAUAAUAUUAGUGACCUUUU